AUGGCCACCGCCGGCGUGGUCCAGCUCAGGAGCGAUCAGAAGCCCGAGUACUACCGACCAGACAUCUCCCCCGAAUCCACCAGGACGGCAUCCGAAUUGCUCCAAAUCAACCACGAAAGAUAUCACAUCUUCUUCAAUGCUUCAGGCUUCCACAACCACAUCGUCCACCAACUGCUGUCAAUGUGGGCCUUGGGGGCAUCAUCAGAUCAGUUGCAAAGGGAAUACGAUCACAAUGCCUCGUACCAACGUCCGCUCAAGUCGGCCAGUGCAUCGAUACUGAGAGAUCUCGGAGACCCGAGCAAGUUCAUGGGAUACUUCGGCCAGCAGAGGUACUACGGCGACUAUCUCCAGUUCUUCAAGGAAGAGAUCGAGAAGACUAGCUGGCAAGAUGUCCUUCACAAGUACGUCUUUGCUGGAGAUGAGCGUGCCGAGCAGAUGCUGCUGCGAAUGUUCGCCGGCCUGCUACAUCCCAUCAUCCACCUAGGUUUCGGCGUGGAAUUCGAACAACCCGCCAUCAUCGCAGAGGCUCUCGCUCAAGCCGCAUGCCACAACAACUCCAUGGGCGACUUCCUCCUCUCAUCCGAGAAAGCAGCCCAAGAGCAACCACAAACCCCAAAACCCAUCGUCCAACUCCUCGACGAAAUCCACGCCGACCAAACCUCCAACACCCCCAAACCCAUCCAACACUACGCCUCCCAAAUCCACAUCUCCCCCUCCGAACUCUCAGCCAAAACCGCCGAAAUGACCAACGCCGUAAUCUACUACACCGGCGCGGCCCAACGCCCCACCCGCGCAAUCAAAUUCGACUUCGUCUUCAUCCACUGCGUCAACAGCACGAUUUUCUUCCCUUGCCUCCUACGCCUCCCCUUCCUCACCCCAUCCGCCAAAACCCGCCUCCUCGAAUGGAAAAUCCGGCUGGAUCUCAAUUUCUACGCCUCCCCGAAAGCGCCCACGCUCCGCCAUGAGGAUAUUCGGAAUUAUCAGCCGAAGAUCCCGUCCGGGUGGGAGGGGGUGCAGGAGAGGGUGUUGCGGUUGCCGGAUGAUGGGCAUGCGGUUAAGUUGGUGAGGGCGAUUGCGCAUGGGGAGAGGGUUUGUAAGGGGUUUGAGGGGAGGGAGGGGUUUAGGAUUCGCGGGGAGGAGUGGUUGAAACUGGGGCAUAUGGUUGUGGAUUCCUGUGAGGGGAAGGGGACGGGGAGUGGGAUGUAUUGGGUGAGGUCGGCGGGGUUGGAUGGGGCGUGGGAGGGGGUGGAGGUUAGGGGGAAGUUGUGA